AUGCUCGUAAACUGUAGAUCUAUCAUCAAUCAAUGCACCGGGUGUAGAAGAUUUUCUGCAAAGAACCUAGAAACUUGUACUGGGGCUCCUCCAGAAGAUAGAUUACGAGAAGCAGCUGUAUUUGAAAUCUGUGGAGUUGAUCUUGCGCGACCAGUAAUCCUGAAAGGCAACAAGAAAUCUUGGAUUUGUUUAUUCACCUGCGCCAUUUAUAGGGCAGUCCAUUUAGAGUUGGUUGAAUCGAUGUCUACUGAGAGUUUUCUACUAGCUCUUGUAAGAUUUAUAGCUCGUAGAGGACGGAGCAGAAUCAUAUACUGUGACAACGGAACCAAUUUUGUUGGUGCUUCAAAUGUACUUCAAGACUUAAACUGGAAGCAAAUCACUGAAGACACAUCUAUACCACCAAUUCAGUGGAAGUUCAACCCCCCAACUGCUUCCUGGUGGGGAGGCUGGUGGGAGAGGUGGGAGAGAGGUGGGGAGGCUGGUAGGAAUUCUUAA